CAUGUUGCAGUAUAAGAGUGCCGCCAGUGCGGCGACCAGUGCGCCAUCAGCCACAUCCUCGUCCGUAGGCAGUUCUACUAAGGCGACGGCGCCAAAUGGAGCCAGUGCAGCAGCACCACAAACGCAAACCCAGGGUACUUCAGGGGCACCCACUAUGCAGCAGAUCAUCAAUAUCCAUCAGAUGCCACCCCAAUUCACCGGCGGAGCAGUUGGCAGUGGCGCCCAAACCGCAGCCGCAAUGCCGCAAAACAUGUUUCAGAUCGUACAGCCCAUGCCUAUGCAAACGGUGAACAUCGAUGGCCAGGAGGCCAUCUUUAUACCCAAUCUUAAUGCCCAACUGGCCACAGCGCAAGCAGUUAACUUCAACGGACAACAAGCCUUCAUCACUCCUAACGGUCAGAUCCUGAGGGCACCCCAGGUGGCGGCCAAUCCUGCAACCUCCAACUGCAUCCAGCUGCAGCAGCUUAAUGGCCUGGCCCAAGAACAAACCCAGUUAAUUAAUAUACCCGGCACCAACAUUCAAAUACCCGUCACCAAUCUCAUUCAGCAACAACAGCAGGUACAGCAAGUGCAUCAGAAUGCAGUGCAGCAGCAGGCACAAGGAUCGACUGCUGCCGGAGGCUCUGCUGCCGGUGGGUCAACCGCGGCGACCCCCGCCCAGUUGCCUGGAAGCAUUACCAUCCCAGGCACAAAUCUACAAAUACCCACAUCAGUGGCGGCAGCUAACGGACUGCUGGGAAACAUCUCCAACCUCCUGGGCAACGGGCAAUCCAUUAAGCUUGAGAAUGGCCAAUUGCAGAUGCGACCCCAACUGGUUCAGUUUCCGGCCCAGGCCGUGCCGCAGCAGCAGCAAACUGUGGCUGUUCAAAUACCCGUGCAGACUGCUGGCGGACAGACCAUUUACCAGACGGUUCAUGUGCCAGUCCAGGCAGCGGCAACGGCGGGCGGAGGACUACAAAACCUGAUGCAAGCUCAAUCCCUGCAAAUGCCCGCUGCCUCGCAGAUGCAAAUAAUACCGCAAUUUUCACAGAUCGCCCAGAUAGUUACGCCCAACGGGCAAAUUCAGCAGGUGCAACUGGCAAUGCCGUACCCGCAACUGCCGCCGAAUGCCAACAUAAUACAUAUCCAGAAUCCCCACCAGCAGCAACAAGUACAACAACAACAGCAGCAGGUUCAACAACAACAAGCGGCGCAACAACAACAGGCACAGCAGCAACAACAACAACAGGUUCAAGCGCAGCAUCAACAGCUCCUUCAAGCCAUCAGUGAAGCAUCGGCGGGUGGACAACUGCCACCCAAUCAGCCCAUUACCAUUACCAAUGCUCAGGGCCAACAACUGACAGUGAUUCCCGCCCAACUACGCCCAACAGCGCCACCCGCUCCCGCUCCUACUCCCACUGCUGUGCCCACGCCAAUGCAGUUGCCUAACCUCCAGGCGCUUCCCAUUCAAAACAUCCCCGGCUUGGGUCAAGUGCAAAUCAUUCACGCCAACCAGUUGCCGUCAAAUCUACCGGCCAACUUCCAGCAGGUGCUUACACAACUGCCCAUGUCUCAGACUCAGGUGCAAAACCAUUUACCGACCCAGGGCCAGGUGCAAGUUAUGCCUAAGCAAGAGCCCCAGAGUCCGACGCAGAUGAUCACCAGCAUCAAACAAGAGCCGCCGGAUACCUUUGGACCCAUCAAUCCACCGGCACCCGCUUCAACGCCGAGCACAUCCUCACCGCAACAGCAGCAGAUCAAGUUCCUGCAUACGGAGGGCACCUCCCUGUCUAAUCUGAGCAUACCAGCCUCCAUUCAAAUUACUGCUCUUCCGCAACAAGCGACGAAUCCACCGAACACCUCAGCUCCAUCCCAACAAAUUCCCGUAUCCCUACCAGCAAGAAGUAAAGCCAACGUAGCGAGCACGGCCAGUACUCAAAUUACGAUCGCACCUACUGGUGGCCAAGUGGCUAUAACCACGCAGGCUAGAGGAGCGGCUGCGAGCAUAAGAAGCUCAAAUAGUGGUACGACGACGAUAACAACGCCGGCACAGAGCAAUCAGAACGUGAGCAUUAGUGUGGCGAAUGCAGGAGGUGGCACGUCGGGUGGCGGCGGUGGAGUGGCAACUGGAGAUACGAAACCGCGUCUGAAGCGAGUGGCCUGCACAUGUCCAAACUGUACCGAUGGCGAGAAGCACUCGGAUAAGAAGCGCCAGCACAUUUGCCACAUUCCCGGCUGCCAGAAGGUGUACGGAAAGACCUCUCAUUUAAGGGCUCAUUUGCGGUGGCACACCGGCGAACGACCGUUUGUCUGUUCCUGGGUAUUUUGUGGAAAGCGCUUCACCCGAUCCGAUGAGCUACAGCGCCACCGACGGACACAUACGGGCGAGAAGAGAUUUCAGUGUCGCGAGUGCAACAAGAAAUUUAUGCGCAGCGAUCAUUUGUCCAAGCACAUUAAGACACACUUUAAAAGCCGCAGUGGCGUGGAGCUCAUCGAGCUUAAUAUUAAGCAGGAGGGCAAAAGCGGAAAUGCGCCCAAGAGUAUUAGCACGAUGAAUGGCAUUGUGACGAUAGAGAUUCCGGGCAGCGGUGCCGCUGUGACGGGCAGUGGAGCCUCCAGUGUAGCGGCCACGGUUGCGGGCUCAACUGUGACGCCAGGUGGGGCAAUGAUUGUUCAACUGCCUACUGUAGAGGGCACCGGCGGUGGCGACAGUUUCGGUGAGGACGAGGACGAUGAGGAAGAUGAAGAGAUGACCGAAGAGGACGAGGAUGAAGAGGAGCUCGACGAGGACGAACUGGAUGAUUGUGAGGAUGAGGAAGAUGACGAAGAUCCGGAAUUGGACAGCGGUGAUGAGGCGAAGAUGACUAUUGCGGUCAGUGAGCCGGGCGACAACUCGUCUAACUAGCAUUCGGAGUCGCUGUUCAUGGAACAGUUCUUAUUUGACCACUUCCCGUAGCACCCACCGCCCGCCUGCCACGCCCUGUGGGACCAUGUAAACUAGCUCUAAAUGUAAAUUGUACAUAGCGUAAUUAUGUAAAAGUCGAGCAUUUUAAAUGUUUAUCCCCGUGUACAGUUCCGGUUUCGGAUAUCAUCCUAGAUAAGUGUACAUAGCAUAAAUCUAGCCCCGUACUGUAGCUAAGGUUUUAUUCAUUUUAUACAAUUUUUAGGGAUUACAUGUUUUUAAGCCAUUUUUACUUAUUCUUCACUUAGGCACGUAAUAAUAUAACAAAAAUCAAUAAAUGCAAAAUUUCGAUUUUAUAA